GCACUCGCAGCCGAAACGAGGAAGAGCUAUGGUGCUGAGAGCAGGUGUGUGGAUGUGGCUGAGUAUGCUGGCUUUGGCUAUGGUCAUGGUGGCAGUCCAAGGGCGAAAGCUCGACUGGGGCGUGGCUUGCGCGCGGGAUAAUGACUGUGCGCUCAACAAGCACAAUGUGUACUGCCGGACAGUGUCCGCUAGCCAGCUGCGGUGUGUGCAGUGCAAGGACUCGGACGACUGCGAGAAGGAGGAGUUCUGCGUCCAGGCCAUCGACCUGGACAUCCAAGGUGAGAGCUUCCUCCGUGGCCAGUGUGCGCCCAAGAAGGAUCCGCUGUACAACCGUUGCUCGGCGAGCGUGACCAGUGCCAACGUCGCCCUCGGCACCAACGACCAGCUGUUCUGUGGCGCGGUCUCGUCGUGGAACCCGGACAACUCGGCGGCAACGAUCGAGUGGGAGGGAUCCUGCAUCGACAAGACGUGCUACGAGUGCGCCGUGGGCACCGUUUCGCCCAACGGCAACCGCAAGUGCUACACCCUCGAGGCCUCGGGCCGCGGUGGCUUCUGGGGCACCUGGCGGGCUGGCGCGGCCGAGUCGUCGAUCAUGGGCGUCAACCAGAACGCGCUCGCCCAGAUCCUCAUUGUUGUCGCCUUUUUCUCUGCAUGCACCUUUGUCGCCCUUGCCGCCGCCAUCUAUCUUGGCUACCGCGGCUCUGUCGCUCUCAAGACCGACUAAGCCAUACAUGGCUGGACAACCGACGCCAGCCCGUAGUGGCCACGGCCAUUGUGAUCAAAGCCACUAAUACAGUGUCACAUACGUA